GUAUAAUGAAACGGAAGUGGGGGUAAUGUUUGAAAUCAUACGGGGAAGUCAUGUAAUACAUCUUUAGCUCUAUAUCAAUAAACGUGAGUAUAACUUAACCUCCACACAGCGAAAACAUGAGUGGGGGAAUAUUUCUACGGGUUACUAUUGGAUUUGCACUCUGUCUUACACUUUCUGCUGCACACGACUCUCAGAGUCAGAAUCAAAAAAGAAAUAUUUUCAAUUUCAUCCAAAAUCAAGAAUUAUUUGAUUUUGAACAUUCUGAAGUUGCGAAAACAUUUGAACAAAUAUCAAAUUAUGAACUGGACAACUUAGAAGCUGAUCUCCGGAGGAACACAAAUGUUUCAAAGACAUGUCUUGAUCAUACCAUGAUGAUACUGGAUGGUGUCAGGGCUGGAGAGUUUUGGGCAUUGGAAAUGUUGGAUGCUGUUGGGAAGCCUCCCAGUGCUAUAUUACGGGGCAACUUCAAAUGGCUUGGUUCAUUCAGUCAGUGCACAAAUAUAACAGCUUGGGUGAAUGUAAGUGGUAAAGCAGAGAAUCCAUUCACAGGAAAACAUUGUAUUGCAACUAUAGCAAAAGGCCAUGGUGAUGGGCUUCAGCAGAGUCCAUCUGGAGCAGAGAAUUCUCUUUCUCUUGUGGAUCACAUAAAUAAAAAGGUA